UUUUCUCUCUCUCCCACACUCAUCAUCCUUCCUGACAAAUGCCUUGCACCGGGUGACAGCCCACCCGCCAAAAGCCUGGUGAUAAAUCCAAAGUCUGACCCCAACCCAAAUUAUUUUCCUCUCUGCAGACAUAUCUGUGUUCCCAUGCCCUUCACUGCGACCAUGAUUUUUCUGGCAGCUGGAAUUCAGACCAAGUAAAGCAGCUGGCUGCCGGUACAUAUAUGUGCACCGUUAAACAGCAGGGCCCUUAAAGAGAGGAGGCCGGGCUCCUGCACCAAUCUCAGUCAGGUGAGGUGAAGGAAAAAGGAAGGACAUGUAAUAUGUCCGCCUGCAGAUGCCUGCACCGUGACUGAACCACCAAAUGCCCGAGGAAAAGACCGACAUUCCCCCUCUCCUUUGGUGACAGCUCAUAUCAUCCAUCCUCCCCUUCACCAGGCUCUAUUUAAGAUUUGUCCAAGGAGAAUUGAGCUAAACCUGCUCUGCCUAACUCUUCAUUACUCACAUGUGUCAGAUUAAUGGGGAAGGUGUCAGUCACUCCACAAUCUGAGCAUUUACCACUUGUUUCCUUUUUUUUGUGAGUUGGGUUAGAUGCUAUCCACGUUCCUACAAACAUUAGUUAUGCCUCUGUGAUGGAAUAAUGUCUGUAUUUGUUGUCUUUUCUUUUUAACUCUUUGCUGUUUGAUGACAUCAAAGACAUGGGGAGCUCUAUGGGUUGUGUCAGACCUCCACAGGAGGGGCAAAUCGGUGGCGCCCCCCCACUUUCACCAAAGAAGCGUCUACGUUUCAGACGUAAGCAUAAGGGCAAAAAAAGCAAGAAAGAAGAGUUAGGACGAGAGGACUUUGAACAACAAAGAACUCCUGAGCCAGAUGACAGAGACGAGGAGGAUAUAGAAGAUGAUGAAAAGGCUUCAGGAAUUGAAGCGGUCGAUUCAGACCUGAGCCACAUGGCUAGGACUCUUAAAACAGUGCCUGAUACCCAGUUCACUCAUUCCAAAGCGAAUCUGCACAGCAAUACUCUUUCCCCUGGUUCUGCUAGUACCAAUGUAGGCAGCCUUUUGGGCAACAGACUACUUGAAGUGUCCCCAAAGCCAAGCCCAGCCUGGAGAGGAGUUUUCUGCCUACCAGGGGAGGAAGACACCGUUAGCGCAAUCAUAGAUGUAUCCAGCAUCCCGAGCCAAACCACCACCACCACCCCGGUCAACACAGCCUCGUCACUGGGAAGUACCACUCCAGGUGGAGGGAGGGUGUGUCGCGUUCGGGAGAAAGUCCAAGGGGUCCUGGAGAAACCUUGGAUACUCCGACAAAAGAAGGAGAGGAAAGAAAAGGGUCGGUUAGAGAGAGAGGAAAAGGAAACUGCAGGGAUUAAAGGAGGACCAGAAGGGACAGUAGAGGUGAUCCGGACGCCUUCGGGGAGAGAGCGCAAAGGGGUGGUCCAUAUCCGUGAGGUGGAUGGUAAACUGUGCGUAGUGAGGACGGUGUACCCCAGUGAUUUUGGCUCUCCAGUGUGGAGGGGCGAAAGUGACAGCGGGGUAGAUGUGCGUAAAGAGCCACUUGCUUUGUCUCCAGUCACAGGAAAUAUCCUCAAAGUCCAACUCUCAGAGGAGGACCGAUGUGUUGCCAAACUGUUUGACGGGGAUCUCCCGAUGCCCUCAAACCAAAUGAGGUUUCAGGAGACUUUGAGUGUCAAAGGAUUUAACUUGAGCACUCCAGCUCGUGCACAGGAUCAGUUGUCUCUGUUGGAGUCGGGCUACGCCAGCGACCUGCCGCUGACAUCCCCCGAAACAGCUGGCACCACUCCCAGCCAGACGGACUGGGGAGGGCUGACCAGUAGUUCAUCAGAGAGACUGGACUCCAUGAUAGACAGUCCUCUGUCAAUGCAGCAUCAGGGGACUGCGAAACACCUGCCACAGGUUUGCAUCUAUUCACCCGCUCCUUUCCCCAUACUGCCAAUUGGUUUUUCAAUAUUUACAUUUCUCCUAGCUGGAAUGCUUUGACAGUCAGUAAAUUAGCUUCAUAUUCACCGGCCCUUGGGCCACCAACUUGUCUCAGGCCUCAAAUCAUUUGGUAGAAAAAGGCAAGAAGUUUGAAAAAGUAGCAGUUAUGGUAAAACAGUAAUUGUUUUUUGUCGUUUACCUAAGAAAAGACCAAUCAUCUGUUGGUUCAAGCUUCUGAAAUGUGAGGGUUUGUUGAUCAUAAUUUGUCUAUUCUUGCAAAUGGAAUAACCAUGAAGUGUGAUGGGCAUUUUCUUUCAGACAAAAAUAAUCAACAGAUUAAUGAUGAAGGAAAACUAUGAAUAGUUGAUAGACCUACCUCUUGGUAUUUCUAUUAUGUCUUCUUCCCAGAAGAGAAGAACUCAAAAAGUCCCCUGUUAGCAUGCAGGGAAGCCCCAGUUACAGCCACUGAACGCUUUUCAAAGAUUUUGCUCCCAGGAGUAGGGGAAUGUUUUUGUCAAUAUGGUGACGAGAACGAGUAGUUUGUUUUGUUCAAAUUUAAUUUGACUAAACUCAGCAUAGAGAUGCUGUGGCUCAGAGGAAGAACAGGAUAUCAUGAUUGUCCUGAAUGGAAGAUCAUCAGUUUGAUCCCUGGUCCUA